CGGGUCAGAUCUUGUACCCAGCGUACUCUGUGACUACUACCCUGGGAACGAGACAGGACAUUAAUACAAACAUGGCGGCGCGCAAGCCCGGUCGUCUGGAACUUGAUGUGGAAAAAUGCCGCGCAGAAGGCAACUGGACCAAAGCCAUGGAGUUGGUCAGGCAGCUGGAAAGGGGAAAACACUCUGGAUUAGAAUCCCUGGUCCAGUUAGUUCUCGGGGAAACGAAGCUUGAACUUCACCUUCAAGAAGUUCCUCCCAAGGAGGAGAACAUAGCCAAGGCCAGCCGAGCCUUAACAGAGGCCAGGAGGCACUUCAACGAUGCACUCAAGGGUGAACACAAGCAAAAGUGGGCGGAGGAAAUCUUACUACUGCAGGGAAAGCUGAACUAUGCCACAGGGAACUACGAGGAAGCUCUGGGCUGCUUCUGUAAGGGUCGGCUGGAGGAACUCUCCACAAACAUACAGAGCAACAGGAUACUCAGACUGAUCGCUGAGGCUUACGCACUUAAAGCGAUGUGCUUGGAGAAGGUUCCACUAAAAACGUUUAGCAAAAUGAAGCAGGCUGAGCGAGAGGAAGAGAUCAUCAGUCUGUACGAACACUCAGGGGACAUGGCACUGCUGUACCUGCAGGAGUGUGAGAAGGGACAGAAGGCCACCCCCACGGUGGGCGGGGUCACCAUCAACAACACAGACCUCGGACACGUGCUGGAGACUGCCAUUUACAGGACGCCCGUCCUGCACUUGAAAAAUGGGGAUUUAUCUACAGGAAUCGGCAGAUAUCGAGAAAUGCUGAGAGCUGUGGAGGCCCGCUGUACUCAGAACCUCAGGCAGACCUUAGCGAGACAGUUGUCGGAGGUGUUGUUGCGAGCGGUGUGCGAGAAGACGUACAGUCCUCCGGUUUCCCCGCCGUCGUCCACGACUGUACAGAAAAGAGCAUCCGUAGCCGACGUCAAAGUACCAGGAUCCAGCACGGCAUCCCCCUCCCUCAGACCUAAACUAUAUCCCUCAGAAGGAGUAUUCACCCCAACACAAGACACAGAAGAAUCCUUACUGCUGCUACUAUUGAGUGAAGCUAUAGCAAAUAGAGAAGUGGUAUUGAGUAGAGCACCAGAACACAAGGAGUCCAGAGUACAGACGGUGUCCAAUGCCUCAGCUGUGUACGAUCUUCUCACCAUCCUGCUUAUAAGGAGGUCACAACCAGGGCUGCUAGCUGAGAUCCUGGAGAGGACCAUGAAGUUUGGGUUUGAUGAGUUCCACUUGUGGUACCAGUUUGGGUUGUCAUUGCUGGCUGCUGGCAAGUAUGCACGUGCAGUUCGAGUACUAAAGGAAUGCCACACCAUCCAGCCAGACAACCCCACAGUGUGUUUGUUUGUGGCCAAACUAUGCAUAGAACAUCUUCAUCAGUUGGAAGAUGCAGUGAUAUAUUCCAAGAAGGUUAUCGAGAGGGAUUCCAGGAACAGUCUUGACAAACAGAGGGGUUCCAAGAACAGUGUAGACCUACAGAGGGAUUCCGAGAACACUCUCCACUCAUCCCGAGCCUUUUUGAUGUUAGGAGUGGCAUACAGCAUGCAGGCUACUGAAGCCAAACUGAUGUCUGCCAGACAUGAACUCCAGAAAAAAGCCCUGGAUGCAUUCAACAGAUCACAUACCCUGGACCCAGAUGACCACCUGGCCCUGUUUCACCUUGGUUUGCAGCUGGCAGUACAGAGACAGAUUGUGGAAGCAUUACAGCGGGUGCAGCAGGCGCUACAGCUGCGACCUGACCACCUGCCGUCCCUGCACCUGCUGGCACUGCUGCUGUCCGCAGGGAAACAGCACACGGAGGCACAGCAGCUGGUGGACGCAGCACUGUCAGAGUACCCCGAGAACAGCAGUCUGCUGUUCACCAAAGUGAAGCUGACCGUGGCAGGUGGCGACGCGGAGGAGGCUCUAGUCACCUGUAAACACCUGCUGCAGCUGUGGAAGGACACCUUCGAGCCAACAUUGAAAGAGGAGGAGCGCAGGAGAGGCAGUGGUUUGAUUGACAAGGUGAUGGCGGACAAGCGCAGCCUGGCCCAGAUCCACAUCACGGAGUUCAGUGACGGAGACUCAGGUCUGCACUUAACUGACACAGGUUCAGUAUAUGCAGACUCCAUGGCAGCCUCUAAAGUAGAGAAGGCCCUGUCAGAGGUGGCCUCCUCCCUCAACAGUUAUACUCCCAAACCUGGCCCUCAACAGGCAUGGGCCAUGCAGGUUCACAUAUGGCUCAACAUUGCUGAUGUGUACCUGUCCAUGGGGAAGGUGGAGGAUGCGCGGGCGUGUGUACAGGAGGCUCACGCCAUCUUCCCUUACUCACACCUGGUGAUCUUCAAGAGGGGCUGCAUCCACGAGAUGAAACACGAGUACCCGGAGGCUAAGAAAUGUUUCUCGGACGCCACAGCUAUCAACCCGAGCCACGUCCCCAGCCUACAACACCUCGGCAUGGCUAACUACCAUCUAGGGAACCUUGUUCAGGGGGAGAAGGCUCUGAGAGAUGCUGUCAACAUCGAUAACACUGCACACGAGGCUUGGGCUAACCUCGGUAAGGUGCUGGAGGCCCAGGGUGAUCACCUGGCAGCUACAGACUGUUACUUUACAGCACUGGAGCUGGAGGCCUCCAGCCCCGUGGUACAGUUCUCCAUCAUCCCGAAACAGCUGCACUGAACAGCAUCUGCUGUUCCCUGUUAUCAUUACAGCAUAGCCAGGUUCAAAGCAGCUAUACAGAC